CGACAACCUACCGAAAUCAUUGCGAACAUUUUCCACGCCCUUUGUUGUGUUGCGCUGCUGCAAAAGCAAAGCGAGAACUGCGGCGCCAGGAGAGUUGCACCACAAGGUUCCACAGCAAGCCAGUGCUUUCUUUGGGGCAUGAGAGGCUCAGGCACGCCUGGCCGGGCAUGCGCGUGUCGCACUGCUGAGAGCCCAGGCAGCACCGCUUCUCACAACCGCAAACAACAACAAAGGCGGCCGGACAGGCCGAGAAUACCACAACCACUGGCCUCACCGACCUCAUGGCGCGUUGCUGUCGUGGUCAUGACGCUGUGUGCUGCGGCGUGUGUGCCAAGAACCGCGGCACAAGCCCCAUGCUCUUUUGCUUCCUCCAGCGAGACACCGCUCACCAUCUUGCUGCGCCACAACAAUGCACCCGUUGGUGCUUCCGGCCAGCUGUACCUGCCGGAGAGCCCCGUCACGUUCUCGUUCUCUGCUCCGACCUCAAACCCGGGCAUCGCCAUCUCCGCGGACGCAGUGGACACAGACGACUUCCUGAUCCUCAACACAACCAACUUGAACGAACCUAUUGACAACAAUGCGUUUGAGCGGUGCGCGUUUAACUCCGUCACAUACAUUGUCAUCAAUGGCACCACCGCCGCCCUGCGUACGCCGCCAGCAGCGGCUGCAAAUGCCACCAUCAAGUACCUGGCCUUUUCAGACGGCGCCGUCUCGCUUGAGCGCACUGUCACCUACAGCUGCGGGUGCCCCACUGCACAGUGUGCGCCGUGCACAGCGUGCACCAUUUCGUGCCCCGUGGAGCAUGUGCUGGUGAACCAGACCUGCCACAACGCCAUCAUUCCCGACAGCGCGUGUGAGCCGACGCCGGAGCGCGCGGCCAUGCUUGAUCUUCGGGCGCUCUCCCCUGUGCUCACAGCUGCAUGGGAUGACGUUGACCACCAGUGCAACUGGGACGGCAUCACGUGCGAUACAACGCAGUCUGUGACCGGCAUCUCGCUGACGUCGUUUGCGGGCACCAUUUCUCUCAGCAUGCUGCCCUCCUCGCUCGCCAACCUGCAGAACUUGGCGACGCUAGAGGCCCCGUCUGCAAACCUGACGGCUGUGUCGCCUGUGCUGGCGCAGCUGCCCGCGCUGCGGGUGCUCAACCUCGCCAGCAACCCGCUUGGCCCCGGCCCGCUGCCGGCCUUUGUGUGGUCACUGCCACUGCGGCAGCUGGGCGUCCCCUCCACGGGUCUGCGAGGCAACCUGUCUGCGACCGGCCAGCAGGUGCGCCUGCGCGCGACGCUGGACAAGAUCGACGUGAGCGGCAACUUCCUCACAGGCCCGCCACCGGUAGCAGCCAACGCCUCGCACACGGUGCAACUCACGCUGCAGCAGAGCGGGCCGUAUCUGUUUGACUGUAACGGCGCCAACGCCACGCUUGAUGUGGGCGCAUCCGCAGAUCUCACGGACAUCACCAGCACCACCUGCACGCUGUGCGGUGCACCCUAUGCGCUGGCCAACCUCUCGCCCUCUGUGUUCCCUGCACCAGCAACUGCCGACAACGAAGGCGUGCUCUUCACUUGCGCACCGGGCUUUCUCACAUCCACUACCGCAACCGCCUUCAACCUCACCUGCCAACUUGACGGGUCCGGUCUGCCCGGGUAUUACGAGUGCAGCGCACCCACACCGGGCGAGUGCAGAUGCAUCGAGGUGGUGGAUGUUGUGCUAUUUCGCGACAUCACUUUUACCUUUUCAUCCUCGCACCCGCCCCUCUCCUCCUUCAACACCACCCUCUUUGUCACCACCCUCGCCGCUGCCAUCGGUGCCUCCCCUGCCAGCAUCGUGCUGCGCAUCCCACCAGCGAGCACAUCCGACCAGACCAUCGCCGCCCGCGUCGCAGUCACAACGCAGACGGUGUCGGGCUUCACCACUGACCCGCUUGCCGCUGUCGACGCUGCAUUGCAGGACGCAACUGCUCUCCAAACCGCCUUCAGUGCACACGCCUACUUCUCCGCCCUCUCUGGCGUGACUGUGGAGGUCGUGGUGACGACGAGCACCACCACGCUUGCGCCCGCCUCAACCACAACAGCACCAACGACUGCGGCACCAAACUCCGACUCGUCCUCCCUGCCCAUCCCCAUCAUUGCCGGUGUCGCCGGCGGUGUUGCCUUCCUUGCGCUGCUCUUCCUCGUCAUCUGCCUCAUUUCCCGCCGCCGCCGCGCCAAGACCAACCCCGACAUUGUGACGAUGGUCGACACGGGCGUGCUCCCGGGCGGCAGCAGCACAGGCAGCUCCACGCCGAUUCAGGGCCGUGGCGACAGGCAGGUCAUGAAUCCGCUCUUUGACGACAGCACGGCUGCAGAGGGGAUUGACGGCUCGUCGACAGAUGGCGGCGGCGGAGGGGUUGCGCUCAACCAGAAGCGCCGCAUGGUGCUGGGCAACACGAUGGGCGCCUCAUCCGAUACGGGCGCGCAGGUGCUGCAGUUUGACGACCUCGGCGACGCGGACGUGGCGACGGAGACGGAUGACGCAGCAGCAAAGAACGCGCAGCAGCGGGCGAGCCUGGUGAUGGAGAAGGUGGCUGGGUUUGGGUUUGACAUGGGGGAGACGUCAGACGGAGAGACAUUUAACCUUGAUGAUGGCGGGUUUGGUGACGAUGAGGACGUGGAUGUGGACGCUUUUGACCUGGACGCAAUUGCCGACGCAGAGACGCAGGCAGCAGCAUCGGCAACCAAGACGCCCCCGCGAAAGAGGAGGAGCAGUGUUGGCCGUGGUGGUGGUGGUGCCAGCGGCGACGAGGACAUGGAGGACCUCACUGGGUUUGGUGACAAGAGCCUGGUGCACAGCAACCCGUUUAUCACGGGCCUGUUCCCGCAGCAGCCGACCGAUGUCGACGAUGACGAUGAACGGCUGGGCGCGGGCGAGAACGAAGCGACCCACGGCUUUGCAGACCAAAGUGGUGCGGAGGUGCCGCCACUGCCGGCGAAGCACGAGCCGCACUCCGCUGCGUCUGUGGAGACCACAUCGACCGUCGCCACGACAGCUACGACAGCCACGCCACUCCAGCCACCGCCACAGCUGCCAAAGGAGGAGGAGGAGGAGGAGGAAGCCGGACCACCGCCUCCGCCCCCCGCCAAAUCACACACGCCGCAAGACACGGUUGCGCCGCAGCCCGCCGCGACAACAACAACAGCAGCAGCACCGCCACCUGCACUGCCUGCCAAGUCCACCCCUGCACCUGCUGCCAAGGCGAAGGACUCGCCAUACUCGAGCCUGCCGCCACGCAGCAAGACGGCGUCAACAAGCGCCAUGGACGGGCGGGCCAGCGCCGCGAGUGUGAGCUCCGUUGGCUCGCCAAAGCCAGGCCUCUCACGCAACACGUCCGCAUCAAGUCGGCUGUCGAUCAAGCGCAGCGAGGAGGACCGUCGCGCCGCCCGCGAGGCGCGCAUCAACGCCCUCAAGGCCGCAAAGGAGGAGGCAAAGCGCUCGCAGAUGCGGCACCCGUCGCAGUGGUCGUUCAACGAGUGCGUGGCCUGGCUCCGACACCACGAUUUCAAGGAGUUUGUGGACGUGUUUUACAACAACGGGUUUGAGGGCAAACACCUAGUGGCGCUGCAGGCGCGAUCGUUUACGGGCGUGCGCUCUGUGUCGCAGGACCGCGUGCUUGCUCUCAUUGACGCCAUUGCCCGACUCAAGGAGGUUGGGUACUGGGUGCCGCCGGACAUUGAUGACGACGAUGUGGACACAUUGGCGCCGCUCGAGGAAGAAGAAGCGCCGAGCGGCCCGCCGCUGCCCACAACACCUGCACCGCCAUCCACCUUGCCCCCAUCGCUUGCGACACCGGCAGCACCAUCCUCAUCGACAGCAGCACCGCCGCCGCCAUCAAGCCUGCCACCCUCACUGGCACAGAUGACGCCACCAGCACCGCCCCCCACCACCACGCUGCCACCACGCUCGGGCCCCUUGCCACCGGUGCCUGCACCAGGUCCGUCAGCACCAGACAACGGUGUCGUCGGCAGCAGCGGCAGUGCUAUUGGUGGUGGUGGUGUCGUGGGCGGCGCAGUUGACACCUCAGAUGCAAUGGAGACGGCACGAAUUGACUACAUUCUCUCGCAACACCUGACGCGCGAUGAUGCGAAGGCGCUGCUCAAGUUUGGACACGGUGACGAGGGCGAGUACCUGUUCCGUGCGAGCCAGUCGUCUCCCGGCGCCGUCGUGCUGUCCAUGUGUCAUGCAAACACGCUACACAACUUUCAGAUCAAGCGGCAAGGCCCGCUCUAUGUCACACCGAACGGCCUCACCUUCAGCAGCCUUCCCGAGCUCGUUGGCCACUUUAAGCAGCACGACAACGCAGGCUUGCCCUGCCGCCUGUCGCACGCGUGUACACACUACGACCACCUCAUCCCCAAGCCAGCCAACGACUCGUUUGGCUUUGGAGACGACGUCACGUAUGACGAUCUGGACAGCGUACAGAAGCAAGUGCCCGCUGAGGAUGAGUAUGAGGUGUUGGAAGCGACACAGACGCAGAGGGCGCAGUUUGCCGCCAUGCGCGCCUCCGUGCAGCCGUGAUGUGGUUGAUGAGUGCUCUCAGUUGUUAGUAGGUUGCUUUUUGUUUCCCUUGCGUGCAGGGGCACGAGCACAAGCAUCUAUAUGCGUGAACGUGUCUUCCCCAUGCACUCUCUUUGCUUCGCUUCUUUGUUUGCUUCCCCGUCGUUUAUACUUUGCUUCUGCAAUUGUCGUCCUUGUCGUUAACUUUGCCUCUGUAUGUGUGUGAGUGUGUGUAUGUGUGAGUGUGUGUGUGUGUAUCGACCAAAUCGAACCUGUGUGAACAUGAAUGGCGGCACGAAG